AUGGCGACAAAGGCGAUUCAACGCGGCUUUAAGGUGAUUUUGGGCUCUCAGUCCAUGGCGAGAAAGCGAAUUCUGGCUGAAAUGGGAUAUGAUUUCAGUAUCAUGACGGCAGACAUUGAUGAAAAAAGUAUUAGGAGGGAGAAGCCAGAAGAUUUAGUCAUGGCUCUUGCAGAGGCUAAGGCAGAUGCAAUUACAAAAAGAUUUGGGGACAUAAGCAAGUUCUUGCAGGAUACUCAGCCAACGCUGUUGAUCACAGCAGACACAGUGGUUGUCUACAAAGGAGUCAUCAGAGAAAAACCAUCCAGUAAGGAAGAAGCUCGUGAAUUUAUUAAAGGCUAUUCCGGGUCACAUGGAUCUGUUGUGGGAUCUGUACUCGUAACCAACUUGAAAACCGGAGUCUAUUUCCAUGAGAUACCGGAUAAAGUCAUCGAUGACCUGAUUGAGGAGGGCAUAACACUCAACGUAGCCGGAGGUUUAAUGCUUGAGCAUCCCCUCACUUUGCCAUUUGUGGAGACCGUGGUGGGGGCGGCUGAUACAGUGAUGGGACUUCCUAAAACACUCACGGAAGAAUUCAUCAAGGACGUGCUUUAG